AUUUCAUUCAAUAUUCUGUUGUCAAACACCUAACCAGCUAUAUAGCAAAUAGAUUGCGAAAUUCAGAACAAAAUCUCAAAGUCGCAAUACAGCAACAAUGGCUGCGCUGCAGAAAAGUUUCCAUUCUUUGCUAAAACUACGUCGUGCUCAGAGUGUUCCGGUGGUGCUAUAUCAUGCAAAUGUGCUGGACCACUACGAGAAUCCGCGAAACGUCGGUUCGAUGGAUAAAAAAGAGAAAAACGUCGGAACAGGACUGGUUGGUGCUCCGGCUUGCGGUGACGUCAUGAAGUUACAGAUUAGAGUCGACGAUGAUGGAAAAAUAAUCGAUGCAAAGUUUAAGACCUUCGGAUGUGGAUCUGCUAUUGCAUCCAGCUCGCUGGCCACUGAAUGGGUUAAGGGAAAAACGUUGGAUGAGGCGAAGAAGCUGAAAAAUACGGAUAUUGCCAAAGAGCUUUCCCUACCCCCAGUAAAGCUUCAUUGUUCUAUGCUAGCGGAAGAUGCUAUCAAAGCAGCUCUUGAGGAUUACAAGAAAAAGCAAGACAAGCAAUAGAUUGUUGUUUAUAGUUUAGCAUUCAAACUCAUUAGUCUGGUUAUAAUAAUGGAUGUGAAAUUAAAUUAAUUCGUUCUGAAUAAUAAAA